GAAAGUAUGUUGAACGUCUUCGUGAUGCUGACAACAACAUCGAGACACUUCCAUGUCCUACGUGUCGCUCAGAGUUUACGCUCAAAUCAAACCAAGAUGUUGCUGAACUGGCAAGUAAUUAUUUUAUCAAGAAUAUGCUGCAAAUUAUCGCGAUUCAACGGAAAGCGAAAGCAUCUGCUGCAUGUUCACACUGCCAAGGUCCUGCCAUUAAUCACUGCGCAUCGUGCGAAUUGUUUAUGUGUAAGAAAUGCUCAGAGUCGCAUGAUAUUUGGCCUUCCAACAAAAAUCAUAAUGUGUUAUCUGUAGAGGAACUGAGCAACCCUGAAAGUCAAUUGAAGAUGAAAAGCAAGCUCUAUUGCAUGAAACACGAAGAUGAAUUACUCAAAAUAUAUUGUGAAACAUGCAAGGAACUUUGCUGCAUAUAUUGCCUGGUUUCAAAUCACAGGAAACAAAACCAUUCGCUUGUGGCAGUGAGCGAGAUUGCACAGAAGCAAAAAGAAGCAUUGCAAUCAAGCUGCACAACACUUGAUGAGAAAUUAUCUGAAGGAAAGGAAGCGUUAAACAAGAUUUGUGAGGUGAUGGAGUCCCUUGAAAAGAAUGCUAAAACUGCUAAAGAGCAAAUCAAAGAUCAAAAGGAAAAUAUCUUGAAGAUUGUCGCAGAAAAACUUGAUGAGCGAGCAAAGAAAAUGAAUGAGGAUGUGGACCAAGUUUAUGGUGAGUUACACAGUCAACUGAGCAAACAACACGAUGAGAUUAAAGAUUAUCUUGAUAAAGUCCAAGCUUCAGUGUCUUUGCCAAGAAAUCUCCUAAAGAGUGGAAAUAUUGAAGAAAUUCUCUCAUCACAGAAAUUAAUUGAUGAAAAUAUUGAGAAGAGGAGAAAGAAACAACCAGAGAAUCUGGCCACAGUGAAUGAUGGUAGUAUUCAGUAUGUACCUGACGACAUUGGUAAUAUCAAUGUUGAUGAAAUUGUUGAUAAGUUGGGACAUGUAGAAGGUAUAUGUGGAAUUUAUUGUAUAUUACUGUCAGUACCAUAUAUUAUCAGUAAAAUCAUGUAACUUUACACAGUCGAUCAGAUUAGAGUAAGAAAGUUCAUAUUUUGGGAGCGUAAAAACCGAGUAGGGGCACUAUUAUUAAUAUGGUGGCUAGCCUCCAUCACAGGCAUUUCGGUGGUGAAAACAACAGCGAUAUUUAUGCAAUAUUUAAUGGAACCCCACCCCCCUUUUUCCGGAGGAACAUGCCCCUGAUCCCUCUUGGUAUUAAAUUGGCUCCUCAAAAUAAAAUCCUGACGGGACCACUGUUACCCCCUUCAUUUCUUUAUAAGUGUUAUUCUGCCUUUGCCCACCGGGUUGCCUGCCGAGGCUAUAUGGUGGCAUAACAGGUAAUUGUACAUUAGAAAGUAGUCCUGCAUGUUAACCCACCAGUGCCCAACACUUUCCGUUGACGAGUAAAUUCGACCUGCGUUAGACACUAAGGCCACGUUUACACUGUGACGCUAUUGCAAAUUUAUCGUAGCGUAUUAAUUUGUAUCCGGAAUGCCAAGCGUAGUGGUCCUGGAACGCUACGACGAACCACUCCGUUAUAGUGUAAACACAAUACUAAGAAACCUCUGGAAACGUAAUGAAUUUUUAACGGAAACCGUAGCGUUAUAGGGUGAAUGCAGCCUGACAAGCUAAAAUAACAAACUAAUCUGUAUAGCGUACACUGUUGUACAUUCUGGCUUAAUGGUAUAACAAGGAAAGUAGUGUGUGAUCAACAUUUUAUUGCACAGCAUUAUAGAGUGUAUAUUACGUUGAAAUGAUUAUUUUCUUUAGGUUGAUUACAGAUACUAUCUUGUAAAGGUCUUUUCUGCAUUGAAGUUUAUUAUAACAUAAAAUGAAUUCAUUGUAGGUGGUGAUCCUGCAGGUUACAAUCUAAAAAAGUACUCUCACUCUGGCAUUUUGAAAGGAAAGAUUGGCUUCAUGAAACAACUACAGAAAUGA